AUGGCGCUGGAUAAGCACAAAAAGAUGUUCAAGAACAAGAAGCUGCGACAGCAGCUCCACAACGACGUGUUUUUCGUGUCGAAGAUCAGCGGCGUCUUCCACCACGCUUUAAACUCCGUCUUCGAAGCGCUCACGCAGCGCUACACGGACCUCGGCGAGGGCGAGGUGAUGAAAUGGUUUUCUUCAGAGUACUUGGAGAACGGCGCGUGGACGCGCGCGGAGCUGCCGCCGGGCUUCCCCAAUGACACGAACACGCUCGAGGCCUCCAACAAGACGCUCAAGGAGCAGUGCACGGAAUAUACGAUGAAACCCGUCCUCGCCUUCCUCUCGGACAUCUUCGCCUACGUGCAGGACAAGAGCCAGCUCAACGCGGAGUUCGCGUACGACGCGCCGCCGUCGACGCCGCAGACGAAGCUGGCGAAGGACGCGACGGCGGUCCUGAGCUCGGUGCAGCUCCUCAAGGGCGUCGAGGUCUCCUACGACAUGCUCACCUCGGGGACCCACCUCACGUCCAUGCUCCUCAUCAUCGGCGUCAAGCCGGACCUCGCGGCGCCGCCCGUCGCGUUCAUCUCCGACGCGACCUACGUCGACAUGCUCCGCGCGCUCGACACGAACGACAAGGAGGCCUGGACGACGGAGGUCGACCGCCGGCUCGCACCGUUCGUCGGGCUCGCGACGGGCGACGCGUCGUCGUCGUCGGGCCGCGGCGCGCGCGCGCCGUCGUGGGGCGCCGUCACCGCGGCCCUCGACGCGGGGAUUUUGCUAGUCCCGCUCGAGGGCGGCAACUUCUUCUGCACCUGCGGCGACUACCAGCACAGGGGCGUGUGCAAGCACGCCCUCGCGUACAAGGUCUUCCCGGACGAGUUCCACCUCGCGACGCUCGAGUCGUUCCUGACGACGUGCACGCAGCUCCGGGACAAGGUCAACGUCCGCGUGAUCCUCGAGGCCAUGAUGCGGCGCCUCGCGUCGGGCGCGCGCGACGCGCACCAGGACGGCGGCGGCGCCGUCGCGGCGCCCGUCAAGGCCUUCGCGGCCUUCAACUCGUGCGCGACGAAGCUCGUCGAGGAGAAGAAGGGCGCGAUCGAGCUCGGCGAGCUGCUCAAGCUCCAGGGCGCGCUCCUGGAGUUCGCCAUCGAGUGCUACCCGGGCCGCCUCGACUACGUGAACCACUGCUUCGGCACCUGCGCGGCCGUGCUCCACGCGAGCCGCCCCGCGGCCGACGGCGAAGCGCCCGCGCCGCUCGACGACGGCGACGCCGAGGAGCUCGAGCGGUGCCUGAGUCUGCCGCUGGGGCCGGCCAUCGGCCUCACGGGCGUGCUGGAGCUGGGCCUCUUCGGCACGCUCGUCGCGUACCUGCCCUGGAAGCGGCGCAAGGACGUGAGCCUGAGCCUCGUCAAGUGCGUGCUCGCCGCGGGCGAGCCCCUCGACUCCGUCGACGCCGUCGAGCGCCUCUUCGCCAUGAUCGCGCCCCUCCUGCGCGACGGCGGCGACGCGGAGAAGCCCCCGGGGCCCGACGACCCGCCGCCGCCGCCCGCGGCCGACGGCGAGCGCGAGCAGAUCCUCGUGAGCCGCCUCGCGCAUUUGAUGGUCAACGACGACACCGACGCGACCUUCAAGGUCCUGGGCUGCGCGCGGAAGCACUUCGGGCAGGGCGGGCUGCAGCGCAUCAAGCACACGCUCGUGCCUCUGGUGUUCCGCGCGCUCGACCUCUCGCGAAAGAUCCGGAAAGUCGAGGCCGCGGGCGAGGCCAAGCUCCAGUACUCGUCCCGGAAGGUCUUCCAGUUCGUCCACGAGAUCGUCACGGCCAUGGCCGGCUCCUUCCCCGCGCUGUCGCUCCACCUCUUCCUCCAGUGCGCGCAGGAGGCCGACGCCGCGGGCCUCGGAGCCAUCGCCUACGAGUUCGUGUCGCAGGCCUUCAUCCUCUACGAGGACGAGCUGCCCGACUCCAAGGCCCAGCUCCAGGCCUUGCAUCUCAUGGUGGGCACGCUCCUCCAGGCCUCCGGCUUCGACGCGCCGGACUACGACGCGCUCGCGACGAAGACGACGCAGUACGCCGCGAAGCUCUUCAAGAAGCCGGACCAGUGCCGCAUGGUCGCGACGUGCUCCCACCUCUUCUGGUCCGGCCCGCCGCCGGCGGCGCCGCCGAAGCCCGAGGGCGACCUCCUCGACGACGACGGCGACGACGCGACGGCGCCCGCCGACGAGCCCGCGGCCGCGCCGGGCGACGCGCGGCGCGUGCUCGAGUGCCUCCAGAAGUCGCUCAAGAUCGCGGACGCGUGCAUGACGUCGAGCAGCAGCCCCAUCAACCUCUUCGUCGAGAUCCUCGACCACUACGUAGCCCACUUCGAGAAGAAGUGCCCGACGACGACGGCCAAGUUCAUCACGGGCAUCGUCGCGCUCAUCAACGAGCACGUCGACAACAUGGAGAACGGCCGCGGCGACGUCGAGGCGCACUACAAGAACACGCUCGCGCGCAUCAAGACCCGCGAGAUCAUCGCCCUCGCCUAGGUCGCCGCGUAAUCUCCCCCGGUGUC